GCGUCGGCUAGCUAGCAUGCUAACAGCUAACAACAAUGAGUCGCAUUUGGCGCUCUAGCGGGCUAAAGUUUGAAUUCAAAGGGGGACGAUGGGCUCGACGCAACCUUUUAGUGUUUUCCAUCGACGCACCGACAAACUCGCGUGCAUUAGAUCGAGUCGACCGCCGCGUGCUGUGUAGACACGCGCGUUACACACAACUCAUCGAGUAGCGCAGUAGCUUUUUGUUUUACUUCAAACAGCGCGUCAGAUGCCCGCUCUUGUGUCGACCUUUCACCGCAGGCACUUCCACGACCUGACGCUGUCCCGCGGCAACACUUCACACUGCGUUCGUGCUCGCACAUUCGCCAGGUUUAUAACACGCUGGCCGGUGUGGAGGAAAGUAACCUUAACGGCAGCGGGCGAUAGUAAAACGUUACGUCGUGUAGUGGGUGUAACGUCUGUGGGAUUCGCAUCACGUUAACCAGACGGCGCGUGUGGAAGUUUGCUUUUGCCAAACACCAACCAACGGACUGACUAUGUUUGGCUUUCACAAGUCAAAGAUCUACCGGAGUAACGACGGCUGUUGCAUCUGCAAGACCAAGUCCUCCAGCUCACGCUUCACAGACAGCAGUCGAUAUGAAGAGACGUUCAGGCUCUGCUUUGGGCUGUCAGAGGAUCGUGUUGGGGACAUCUGCAACGCCUGUGUGUUACUGGUGAAGAGGUGGAAGAAGCUGCCUCAUGGUUCCAAGAAGAACUGGAACCAUGUGGUGGAUGCCAGAGCUGGACCGGGCUUCAAGAUGACCAAACCCAAAAAGAUCAAGAACAGUGACGGGAAGAAAAAAAGCAAGCUAAAGAGGCUUCACAAGUUGAAGAGACAAACAGACUCAGAUGCCCACAGCACAACCUCCAGUGUGUCUCCUGCUCAGUCCCCCAGUUACAGCAACCAGUCGGAUGAUGGCUCAGACAUCGAGUCGAAACAAAGACGCCCAACACCCUCCAUCUUUUCUUUCCUGGACCGUUCCUACUGGAAAAGGCAAAAGGUGUGCUGUGGGAUUGUCUACAAGGGGCGGUUUGGAGAGGUGAUUAUCGAUCCACGACUCUUUAAGCCCUGCUGCAGUUCCAAAAAACUGGCUUCCACACAAGUGCCCCCACACCUUCCAGACACACUUCCUCCACCGCUCCCAGAAGAAGUGAAAGAAACCUGGUGAUUGCUUUUGUUGAAUCCCCCUGUAGGGUUAUCCAUGGCAUCCGCCUGGAUUUGUCUCCAGUGGCAGACCUCCUCCCCUUAGAACAGUUGGUUAGGUAUUUCUUUUCUAUGUAAUAUUCCUUUUUACAUUGGUAUUUUUUUAACUUUUGUAUAGAGUUGAUUUUCUUUUUUUUAUAAAAGCCAAAAAGAAAAAAAAAAUCUUAAACUCCUUAUGGGCAUUAGUGUUAUUUAUACAAUGAUGCAACACAUUUUGUUGAGGCUCAGUUUCUGAUUCUGAAAUUGUUUUUUGUUGUGAUAUUUUGUCACUUUUUCAUACAUAUCGAGGCUGUUCCCUUUUUUUCCAUAAUUUGUAAAAUUGUAAGUGUGCAUGUGAAAGGCCGCAGCUAUUUCUAAUACCAGCUGUUUUGUGUGUUGGAGUGGCUCUUCAACAAGUUGCUGCAAUGUUUUGUCCUUUCUGUUUGCUCCAUAUGUGAAAUGUGUGAGUCUGUAGGAUUACUAGUACACAGAGGGCUGUUGGUGAUACCAGGGAUCAUUAGUACCACUGUCCCUAUGAAUUAAGCUUUUAAUGUGUGUAUAGAUGAGAACAAAUCAUUUUCUGAUGUUUUCACAGCUUAAGCAUGCCACAAGUUUUAAACAGCUAGUACAUUUGUUCAUCAGUUUGUGCACAUCGACUCAGAUAGAUAUGGUUAGACCAUGCACACAGUACAUUCCUCUGCCCUUCUGGAAUGACAGAAGCAAUGUAUUUAUUUCUUUUGUACAGCCUACAAUGAAAUGGUAAUGCAUGUUGUAAAGCAAAUGUUUAUUUUUUAAUUGAUUUUUUGUAAAUGCAGUGUUUCGGCUCUUUGCACACCUAAACCAUUUUUAAAUGACUGGAAUGGCAAACCACUACUUCCGUAAAAAUGUUUUUGUGUGUCUAAGAGGCUGACAACGUCCUUUUACGCUAAUUGAGUGAAGUUUUUAAAUCACAUUUUCACGUCUCGUUAUCUCAGGCACAUUUCUCUGAAGGCAUGUAAAAACUGCAGGAAAGGUUCAACUCUUAAUUGCAGCGUCACUGAGCUGUAAUAUUCCCUCUAAUAUUCUGUAUCUGUUCACCAAUUACAAAUGAUGUUCAGAAAUUUAAUCCAAGCGAAAUACAUGAUAUACUGUGUAUUGUCUUUAAUUUCUUUUGCCGGAAAAAUGCUGGUAGUGAAAAUGUGUAAUUCUCAGUGCUGUGAUUUACUCAGAAAAAGUUCAAACUAUGCAGACAUUAUGAAUGUGAAUAGUUCUCUGGGGCUUUCUAUCACUUUUGCUGUUGUAGCUUAAAGUGGUGGAUUCUUCUUCAACCAAAUUGUCUUGUAAAAAGUGUCAAUCAUUUUAGCAAUAACUUUACAUUUUCCUAAUCACUAUUCAUAAUUGUCUCAAGAUACUUGUCAUGUUUAAAUAUUGUUCAGAUUGCACAGUUUUAGCCAUGGCGUGCGUACUGUCUCAAAUUAAUACUGCAGUGUCAACGGUUGUUUGUUUUUUUCCGUUUUGUAAACAAUCUCAAACUUCAUGAAUUGACAGGCAAUGCUCUGUAAAGUUGCUUAAUAUAUAAACUUUUCUGCGGCAGGGUAGUUAAAUGCUGAACAUGUUCUAUUGUUCAUAUUAAAAGGAGAAAUGCUUCUUCCUUUUAAGCUAAAAAAUAAGCUUGUUCUUGUCCUUCGGGAGUUGCCAUAUUGUUUUUGCGAGGUACAUUUGGGGAUUUGAGAUGUGCCUUAAUGAAUUACCUGACUCUCAUGUAAUUUAUAAUUAUUUAUUACAAAACAUUUUUUUACUGAAACUUUGAGACAACUGGUGUAGAGCCUUUCAAGAAAGUCUGUUUUUAAUUUUGUGCACUUCUUUCGAACAUGCAAUGUAGAUUUUUUAAAUGCUUUUUGUAUACUGUACCGCAAAGUAGAACUGAAUUGUAAUGAAAUGAAAAUCAAUUAAUAAAAAUUUAGAAAGACA